AUGUGUAAGAAACGACACAAUACUCUAUUGCAUCCAGUUGACGCACCAAAGGUCAACAGUGCCUCUGGCGAGGUCUCUGAAACUGUAGUAAACUUUUCAAACAAAAAUUCAAAUCAAGUUUUAUUGUCUACUGCCCAAGUAUACAUUUUGAAUCCAAUCACUAAAGAGCCUCUUAAAGUACGGGCCUUGUUGGAUUCAGGCAGUCAGUCGUCCUUCAUUACAAAAUCUCUUCAACAAAAACUUUCAAUCAAUUCAAAUCCAAUUUCUAUUAACGUCAUUGGUAUCGGUCACUCAGAUAACCAAAUCAAAGAAAGCUGUGUGAUCCAAUUAAAAUCCAUUUACAAUAAUUAUAAGACUAAAUUAAAUUGUCUUGUGCUUAGUAGGCUGACUGGGAAUCUGCCUAAGGCACCUAUAAACAUACAACAAUUAAACAUACCAUCGCAUUUGCGUUUAGCUGACCCCGAUUUCAAUCAGCCAGCUCCUAUUGAUAUUCUCAUAGGAGCCGAUCUCUUCUGGCGACUCAUGAAAAACGACCGUAUUUCUUUAGGUGCAAACAAGCCUAUACUACAAUAUUCCAGUUUCGGUUGGUUGAUUGGUGGUCCUAUUUCUUAUCAAGCUAAACAAGUAAUGUGCAAUCAUUCAGUUAUCAAUGACAACCUCUCAAACGAAAGCAAGGUCGACAAUUUACUAACAAAAUUUUGGGAGCUAGAGGAGCUUCCCCAAAAAACAAUUUUAAGUGAAGCAGAAUUAGCCUGUGAGAACCAUUUUCGGUCUCACACUUCACGGCUUCCUUCUGGCAGGUUUAGUGUCAGGCUUCCACUACGCGAUUCACCUGAUUGUCUAGGUGACACAUAUAAUUUGGCAAAAAGCCGAUUGUUUAAUCUAGAAAAACGUUUUAGAAAAAAUAUUUCAUUGAAAACUCAAUACAUACAAUUCAUGAAAGAAUACCAAAGUUUAGGCCAUCUGUCGGAAGCUACAGUUGCUUUACCAGAUCCCUCUUAUUUUUUAUGCCAUCAUGCUGUCUUUAAAACAUCCAGCGAAUCUACUAAACUUAGGGUCGUAUUUGAUGGUUCCGCUUCUUCUUCUUCUGGUUUCUCAAUUAAUGAUUUGCUAAUGAUUGGACCUAACAUACAGGAUUCUCUUUUCUCUAUACUAAUUCGAGCUAGAACAUACAAAUACCUGUUGACCGGAGAUAUCGAGAAGAUGUAUCGCCAAAUAGAGGUCAAUCCAGACGACAGAAAUUUACAGCUGAUUUUAUGGAGAGAGGACGAGUCUUUACCAAUCAAAACAAUGCAGCUAAAUACUGUCACUUACGGUACCGCAAGUGCCAGCUAUUUAAGCACGCGAUGUCUAUGGCAGAUAGGAGAUGAAUGCGACGAUAGUCUUAUCAAAAACAUUAUACAAAAGGAUUUUUAUGUCGAUGACCUCAUAACUGGUUCUAAUGAUAUCGAAGAGCUAAAUUAUAUUCAAAAUUCAAUUGCACAAGAAUUAAAUAAGGGUUGUUUUAAAUUACGUAAAUACAAAAGUAAUCUGUGUUCUAUUUUUGAGAAUUGUAAUCUAAAUUUGCAAGAAAAUUUUAUGUUAAGUGAGGCUUCAAGUACUCUAGGCUUAGGUUGGAAUCCAAAUAAUGACAUGUUAAAUUUUCCAAUCAAUAUUCCUCCUUCAAGAAAUACCAUUACAAAGAGAAGCAUCAUGUCGGAUGCAUUUAAAAUUUUUGACCCACUUGGUUUAUUAAGCCCAUACAUCAUGCAGCCAAAACUUAUGUUACAAAAAUUAUGGAAGCUUAAAUCCGAUUGGGAUCAACCAGUACCAAUAGACAUUGAAAACGCUUGGAGAGAUUUUUCUAAAGAUUUGCUAUCAAUUUCUAAUUUUCAAAUUCCUAGAUUUGUUCUUAUUGAGUCACCACAAAUUAUUGAUAUUCAUUGUUUUAGUGAUGCUUCAUUGGUUGGCUAUGGUGCUUGUGUCUAUACUAGGGUUACGUCUUCAAAUAAUCGCAUUGAAGUGAAGCUUCUGUGUUCAAAAUCAAAGGUAGCCCCCUUAAAGCCUGUUUCAAUUCCUCGAUUGGAACUAUGCGCCGCUUUACUUUCAAGUCGUUUAGGCAAGGCUGUUCUAAAUUCUGUUAGAUUCACUCCUAAUUCUGUCACUUAUUGGUCUGAUUCUAGUGUUGUUCUGGGAUGGCUCAGUAGUGACUCAACUAGGCUAAAAACCUUUGUGGCUAAUAGAGUAGGGGAAAUUCAGGAAAAUACCAAAUUAUCUUCAUGGCGCUAUGUACCAACCGAUCAGAAUCCUGCUGAUUUAAUCUCACGAGCUACUACUUUGAUUCAGUUGCAGAAUUCAGAUUUGUGGUGGCACGGACCAGCAUUCUUGACAGAAGAUCAGAAUGAGUGGCCCGUAUUAAAAUCUUGUGACAACAUCAAUUUACCCGAUCUCAGCAACAAAGUUUUUCUGUAG